AGUGGGCACCCCCACCCCACAAUCCACCCACAGGAGAGGAGAGGAGUGAGGAGAGCAGAGCGGAGCAACGAGAUGUCUUCCCUACCCAUCUGCCCCUCGUCCCCUUCCUCCUUCCUCUCAUGGCCGCACCGCCCAAUCUCGCUCUCCUUCCAGCCCAGGAACCACUCCUCCUCCGCCUCGCCGGCCGCCGCACAUGUCGCCGUCCAGGACUCGCCGCCCCCCUCCGACCCGGGCCAGAACCCCAAGAUUUCCAGCACUGCGAGGUUCCUCUGGGUGAACCCAAACAGCCCGCGCGCCGCGGAACUCGCCCGCGCGCGCGCCGGAUCCGGCCGCCGGGCCCGCCUCGCCGCCGCCGCGGCAGCGCUCGCCGCGUGCGAGCCCGCCGACGCGCCCGUCGCCGCCGCGCUCGAGGCCGCCUUCCCCGAGGCCCCCUCCGAGCAGGACGCCGCCAUCGUGCUCAACACGGCCGCCGGCAACCCGGCCACCGCCGUGCUCGCGCUGCGCUGGUUCCUGGAGAACGCGGAGGUCCGCAGCAAGGUCAUCCUGUACAACGUCGUGCUCAAGGUGCUGCGCAAGCGGCGGCGCUGGAGCGAAACGGAGGCGCUCUGGGACGCGAUGCUGCGGGACGGCGUGCAGCCGGACAACACCACCUUCUCCACCGUCAUCAGCUGCGCGCGCGCCUGCGGCCCGCCCGGCAAGGCCGUGGAGUGGUUCGAGAAGAUGCCGGAGACAGGGUGCUCGCCAGACAUGCUCACGUACUCGGUCAUGAUCGACGCGUACGGCCGCGCCGGGGACGCCGAGAUGGCGCUCCGCCUGUACGACCGUGCUCGGUCCGAGAGAUGCCAGCUCGACCCUGUCAUAUGCGCCACGGUGAUCAAGGUGCACUCCACCAACAGCAACUUCGACGGCGCGCUCAACGUGUUUGAGGAAAUGAAGGCCGUCGGCGUGAAGCCAAACCUGGUCGUGUACAACACCGUGCUGGACGCCAUGGGCCGUGCCAUGCGGCCGUGGGUAGUGAAGACCAUCCACAGAGAGAUGGUCAGCCAGAAGGUGCAGCCCAACAGGGCAACCUACUGUUGUCUCCUGCAGGCAUACACCAGGGCACGCUACGGUGAGGACGCGAUGAUCGUGUACCGGAAGAUGAAGGACGAGGUGAUGGACAUCGACGUGGUGCUGUACAACAUGCUCCUGUCAAUGUGCGCCGAUAUCGGCUACGUAGAGGAGGCCGAGGAGAUCUUCAGAGACAUGAAGUCGUCCAUGGACACCAAGUGCAAGCCUGAUAGCUGGACCUACUCAUCAAUGGUGACGCUAUAUUCCUGCACUGGCAAUGUCCCUGGUGCAGAGGCCAUACUGAAGGAGAUGGCAGAGGCAGGUUUCAAGCCCAACAUCUUCAUCCUCACGUCGCUCAUCCGGUGCUACGGUAAAGCGGGAUGCACCGACGACGUCGUCAGGUCAUUCGGCAUGCUAGAGGACCUCAAAAUCACGCCCGACGACCGGUUCUGCGGCUGCCUUCUUACCGUGGCAGCAGAUACGCCGGUGGAGGAACUCGGCAAGGUGGUUGAGUGCAUCGACAGGAGCAACGCCCAGCUUGGCACCGUGGUGAAGCUCCUGGUGGACAGGAAAGCCUCCACUGAGUCCUUCAAGGAGGCAGCCAGGGGCAUCCUGAGCGGCGUCCGUGGCGUGGUGAAGAUGCCCUACUGCAACUGCUUGAUGGACCUGUGCGUGAACCUGGGGCAGAUGGAGAAAGCCUGCGCGCUCCUCGACGCCGCGCUGCAGCUCGGCAUCUACAGCAAUGUGCAGACGAGGACGCAGACGCAGUGGUCGCUGCACCUCAGAGGCCUCUCGGUCGGCGCCGCCCUGACCACGCUCCAUGUCUGGAUGAAUGACCUGUACACGACGCUUCAGAGCGGCGAAGAGCUGCCGCCGCUGCUCGGAAUCCACACAGGAGAGGGGAGGAACAUGUACUCAGACAAAGGGCUGGCCUCCGUGUUCGAGUCGCAUCUCAAGGAGCUCGACGCGCCCUUCCAUAGCGCUCCCGACAAGGCCGGCUGGUUCCUGACGACGAGCGUUGCUGCCAAGCACUGGCUGGAGGCGAAGAAGUCGUCGGAGCUAGUCGCCGUGUAACGUGCAGAGUCUAGGAGGUAUAUAGGAUUUACUUGUUUUUUGAUUUGUUUAAAAGUAAUCUGUGGGUGUUCUGAAAUCUUCAUAAUCCACCCUUCUGGUGACAGAUGCUCCUUUGAGAUGCUAAUACCAGUUCUUUCGGUA